AUGACAUCGAAGCUGGGUUGGGAUGCAGAUGAACUACGUACACGGUUUACGCAGGGACUCUCUGAUAUGUAUCGAGCAGAAGUCCCCCUUUAUGGCGACUUGAUUCGCAUCGUGAGAGAAGUGGAUAGCACAGUCCUCAAAUCAAAGGGUAAAAAUGUUGAAGAGCUUCCUCUGCGCAAUCAAAUAGAGCGACAUGGUGCUAUCCGACUCGGUACAGAUUUUGAGAUGCGAACAGUCAAACGUCUUUUCCGCCUUUUUAACAUGCAUCCUGUCGGAUACUACGAUCUGAAAGUCGCCGGCUUGCCUCUGCACGGUACUGCUUUCCGGCCUUUAGAUGAAGGGUCUCUGAGUAAAAAUCCAUUUCGCAUCUUCACCACUGUUUUACGGAGAGACUUGCUCUCGUCUAAAAUCCAGCAAACCGUGGACAAGAUCCUUGGUCACAGGAGCCUUUUCACUCCCAGACUAUGCGAGAUUAUGAAUAUUGCAGAGGAGCAAAAGAUGAUGACUUCACAAGAGGCAAAUGAUUUGAUUACCGAGGCGCUGAAAAUCUUCGGCUGGCAUUCUCGGUCCACUGUCUCAAUCGAGGACUACCUGGAAUUGAAACGAGAGCACCCAACCGUCGCAGAUAUUGCCUGCUUUCCUAGUGCACAUAUCAAUCAUCUUACACCGAGAACUCUUGACAUCGAGCUUGUGCAACAGGAGAUGAUCCGACAAGGACUCCCGGCUAAAGAAAUGAUUGAAGGUCCCCCGCCACGGAAGUGUCCCAUUCUUCUGCGCCAGACGAGCUUCAAAGCCCUUGAAGAGAAUGUUGAAUUUGCGAAUGCAGACGGUUCAUCAAUCCAUGGAACCCAUACCGCCCGUUUUGGCGAAGUUGAGCAGCGUGGAGCUGCCGUGACAAGAAAGGGCCGCGAGCUCUACGACCAGCUCCUUGCGUAUGCUGUUAGAAAUGCAGCAAAUGUUUCGGAUAUUUCAUUCAGCGAUAUAUUGUUUAAUGCUUUCCGAGAAUUCCCUGAUUCAUGGGAGGAGCUUCGAGUUCGGGGCCUUGUCUGCUUCCGAUACAGCGUGACUCCUUUGGGGAAAGAGACCGCAACAACAAAGCCACAGACAUCUCUCCAUAUUUCCCUCGCUAGGCUAUUGUCUCUUGGAUGGGUUGAAUAUGAGCCUAUCACGUAUGAAGACUUUCUUCCAUUAUCCGCAGCUGGAAUUUUCAAAUCAAACCUCCCAUAUGGACCUGUCAAGUCACGAAUCGAGGAGACAGCAUCGACGUCUACCGGGUUGGAGGCUAUUUUGGGAUGCAAAAUCCUCGAUGAGAUUGAAUUUUAUCAUGCUCUGCAGGAUGACAGUAUAGAAAGCUGCAGGAAACUUCUUUGUCUGGAGGAAAUCAUCCAAGAGUGUUGA